UUCCUUCCUUCCACGUUUUGUGCCCGUCCAUGCUAUCGCUCUCUCUUUUUUUUCUCUGUUCUCGUUUCUAGCUUCUUGCCUACUUUUCAACACUAAGUAACCAAAUGGGAUCAUAAAGUUAGCACUCACAAAUACCAAUUUGUUCUUCUGCUUUUUGGCUGAUUGUUCUGUUCUUAAUGUUAAAAAAAUUUGAGUAAAAAUAUCAUUUUGAUGAUCAAUGAAAUGGGUGCUUCCUUGUUUGAACAAUUACCAACAAUUAUUAAUAUUUUUUAAUUAUUUGUUGAAUGCUGAUUUCCAUAAAGUUUUCAGUUUUUUGAUUGGAAACUGCUUGUCAAAAUGCUUCAAAUAGUUCAAUGUUUGCAAGCACUUGUGGUUUUGUUUCUGGGUUUCUUUCUUUGAAUCAAUACUUAUGUUUUUGGAGACUGGAUUGGAAGCUGAAUUUGUUUGAGUUGGUUCUUUGAUAGCUAAGGAGGAUAGUUUUUCAAUGAUAGAGGGCGCUCGAGUCAGGCUUAAUAGAUGGCAGCAGGCAGCUAUUGCUGUUGGUUCAGCAGUGGGUGCGUUGCUAGACCCACGAAGAGCAGAUCUUAUAGCAGCUUUAGGUGAGACCACUGGGAAGCCUGCUUUUGAAAGAGUUCUUGAGAGAAUGAAAAGGAGCCCAGAAGGCAGGGCUAUUCUAUCGGAGCAACCUCGAGUCAUUUCUGCAAAAGUAGGGCAUGCAUGGGACCUACCAGCAAACACAUUUGGUGCUGCCUAUGCAAAAUUCAUGGGGUCAAGGAACUUUUCCCCGGAUGAUCGACCACCAGUGCGGUUUAUGGAGACGGAUGAGCUAGCUUAUGUGGCUAUGCGAGCUCGUGAGGUGCAUGAUUUCUGGCACACCCUUUUUGAUCUUCCCACAAAUUUGCUUGGUGAGUCAGCUCUCAAGGUAAUAGAGUUUGAGCAAAUGUACCUUCCUAUGUGCCUGAUGUCUGUGAUAGGAGGUUCAGCAAGAUUCAAUGAGAAGCAAAGGAAGUUGUUCUUUCAGCACUACUUCCCUUGGGCCAUACGGGCUGGUAUGCAAAGCACUGAUCUUAUGUGUGUAUAUUAUGAACAGCACUUUCACGAGGAUUUGGAGGAUGUGAGGAGAAAAUGGGGGAUAAUCCCUGCUCCUGCUCCUCCUAAACAAACCUGAUCUCUAGCACAACAUACCUGUGUUGCCGUUUGGGUGGAGAAAUGCUGUUUCAAAAUUGAGAUUACUGUAGUAAACUUCUCAGUACAUUUUAUCGGCUAAAAUUUGUUUGAAUACAUUUUCGCAGUGAAACAUGCAACUCUGAAAAUAGCAAAAUACAUUUUCUAAGACAAAUUUAUAAUUCCA